GUGUUUGUGGGCAGAAGAAGGAAGAAAUCUGGGAUUGACACACUAACAACCAGAAAAAUAUCUCAUUCAACAUCCCACCACUCUCUCACUUCUCAAUUAACUCUGCUCCCAAUUCCACACCUUUUUCCUAAUUUUCCAGAUGAGUAUCCUUAUGAGCAAUUCUGGUGGUUUCAUCAUCAAUUCCAUCAAAAUUUCAACCUCUAAACGUUUACCACACCCUAACACACCAGGGUCACUGGUUUCUUUAGGUAAAUAUGUCAUGCCCAUCAAAUUUCUUGGGAGACAAUCCGCAGCUGAUGAUCAAUGUGAAGAUAUUGAGCUGGUGGAGAAUAGAAACAGCCGCAAUUAUUUUCAAGCUAUGGCUUUUGUAAAUGCCAUUUCUGCGACAAGUUUCCUUGCAGUAGACGCCGCAAAAGCUGAAACUUUAAAGCAUAUGUGGAAUUAUUUUCCUUCAAGUCAGGAAGGAGCUGCUUCUGUUUAUACUCUGGCUGAUGGUGGCAUGGGAGAUUGGUUUGGAGGCAUCUUGUAUUCGGCUGGACAACAGGCCAAUGUUGCAGUUCAAGAUCAGUUAUCUGCUCUUAGUUUUACAAGUUUGGCAGUAAUUUUUGGGGCAGGGUUCGUAACAAGCCUUUCCCCUUGCACGCUGAGUGUUUUGCCUUUGACCCUUGGUUACAUUGGAGCUUUUGGAUCAGGGAAGAGCAAAGCAGAGGUUGUUGGAAACUCUGUUGCUUUCUCUUUAGGACUUGCUACCACCCUAGCGCUAUUAGGUAUAGGAGCUUCUUUUGCUGGAAAGGCAUAUGGACAGAUUGGCCAAGGAUUACCAUUGGCUGCUUCAGGCUUAGCGGUUAUUAUGGGCCUAAACCUACUGGAGAUAAUUGAGUUGCAAUUACCCUCAUUCUUCAACAAUUUCGAUCCCCGUUCUGCUGCUGCCAACUUUCCAUCAAGCGUGCAAGCAUAUCUAGCCGGGCUAACAUUUGCUUUGGCUGCAUCGCCUUGUAGUACUCCUGUGCUGGCUACUUUACUUGGAUAUGUAGCUACAUCCAAGGAUCCCGUCAUUGGGGGUAGCCUCCUUUUGACAUACACAACCGGUUAUGUCGUGCCGUUACUUCUUGCUGCCUCAUUUGCUGGAGCGUUGCAGAGUCUUCUGUCUUUCCGCAAGUUCUCAUCAUGGAUUAAUCCUAUAAGUGGCGCAUUACUAUUGAGUGGAGGUGUAUAUACAUUCUUGGACAGAUUGUUUCCGGUCACAAUGGCAAUGUAAGAUUGAUUUAUAAAUUAUGUAAAGAAAUAUAUAUUCAAAGUCCUUAUAUAAAAUGAUAAGAUUAUGUUGCUCUCUCA